AUGACUUUUCAGGCGGAUCCCGACGGUGGCCGAAGUAGGGGAUGGUCGGGAAAGGCUGCUGGGGUGGCGGCGGUUCGAACCCGACCGGUCUGGUGGCCGGUGGUGCCCCGUGGUGGUCGCAGUGGCCAAAAAUGGCCUUCGGUGAACAGUACCAAGGGGGGGUGUCGCGCGAACCAGUCAGAGGAGAGGGAGAGAGAGAGAGAGAGAGAAAUGAGGGCCUUUCUGCGUAACAUCCCACAUCAACCAAUAGAGAGGGGGUGA